AUGGCGGCCCCGACAGCCGAAGUCAACCGCACUCCUGGCGUUGUGUACAUUGACUCGGACAUCGCCUCGCCCACUGGAAAUGGUGGUGGCGACGCACCUCAGGUCCGGGCGGUCAACGCCGAAGCCGCCGAGUACUAUGGUGGACAGCCUGUGCACAGCCGUGCCCGCACGCUCAGCACAAUCUCCAUCUUCGACUCGGGUCCCAAGGUUAUCUCUCUCGGAACUGCGAGCUCCAAUGCCUACCGGAAGUGGGAUGUUCGCGGAAACUACAUGCUCUCCAACCUCCUGCAGGAGCUGGCGCUCGCGCGCGACUACGGUCGCCGCUUCAUUGUCCUCGACGAGGCGCGCCUCGCGGAGAACCCGCUCGACCGUCUGUUGCGCAUGAUCAAGCACUCGUACUGGAACACUCUCACUCGUCGCAUGGAUGCCCAGGGUAUUGAGAUUGCCUGCAACGACCCCAAGAACCGCUCUCGCCAUAACACGGCUCGUCUCUACGUCCCGCACGGUGAGACUGAGAUGCUCGAGUACUAUGAGCAGAUUGCCAAGGAGCGACCCCACCUCAAGUUGAAGGUCAUUCAGUUGCCUAAGGAGUGCGAUGACCCCGAGUACGUCAAGUCGCUCAACGAGAAGCCAGGAAUUCUGGCCCUCGCGAUGAAGAAGGGGACAGACGGAAAGCUGGAGGCUUUGCCGUUCGCCGUGCCGGGAGCUCGUUUCAACGAGAUGUACAACUGGGACAGUGUAAGUUGCAUCCAGGUCCUCCAAGCUGACGCCCAGUACUUCAUGGCACUCGCUCUCCUCGUUGACGGACGGUUGGACCUCGCCAAGUCCAUCGUUGACCACUAUGCCUUCCAGAUCAAGCACUACAACAAGGUUCUGAAUGGCAAUCGCACCUACUACCUCUGCCGAUCACAGCCCUGCUUUGUGACCGACCUGGCGCUGCAGGUGUUCAACCAGCUGGACCGCACCAAGCCUGAGGAGAACAAGGAGUGGCUCCGUGGAGCCAUCAGCGCAGCAAUCAAGGAGUAUCACCGCUACUGGAUGCAGGAACCGUCGCUCGACGUUGAGACAGGACUGUCUCGCUACCGCCCCAAGGGAUCUGGUAUUCCCCCAGAGACCGAGGCCACGCACUUCACGCACAUCCUUGAGCCGUACGCGGCUAAGCACCGAAUGUCGAUCAACGACUUCAUCGAGCACUACAACGACGGCACGCUGAAGGAGCCGGAGCUCGACGACUACUUCCAGCACGACCGCGGAGUGCGUGAGUCGGGCCACGACACCUCGUACCGCCUGGAGAAGAAGUGUGCGGACCUUGCGACCGUCGACCUCAACUCGCUGCUGUACAAGUACGAGAUCGACAUCGCGUCUGCGAUCGAGUGUGUGUUCGGCGACGAGUUCGUGCUCGAGGAGGAGUUCGAGCUCUCGCCGUGGCCCAUCACUCACGAGAACUUCGAGGCAGGCGCACCCCGCGUCAAGUCGACCGACAAGCCGAUGAAGAGCGCCGAGUGGUUCGAGCGCGCCCGUGCCCGCAAGGAGCGCAUGGACGAGUACCUCUGGAACGAGGGACGCGGCAUGUACUUCGAUUAUAACACGAAGAAGGAGCGCCAGACCAACUACGAGUGUGCCACGACGCUGUGGCCGCUGUGGGCGGGCUGCGCUAGCGAGGACCAGGCGCUUAAGCUUGUUCAAUGGGACUUCCCGUACCUCUGGGCUCCGCACCAGAUCAUGGCCUGGGUUGGUCUCGAACGCUACGGCUUCAUGACGGAGGCGUCGCGCCUGGCGUACAGGUGGCUGUACAUGGUCGUCCUGACGUACUGCGAGAAGGGUGGAGUCGUGGUGGAGAAGUACGAUGGUGUCGGCCUCUCGCACCUUGUCGACGCGGAGUACGGCAACCAGGGCGUCGGAUUCAAGUAUCUCUCCCGCGAGGGCUUCGGAUGGACGAACUCGAGUGUCUCGAUCGGCGUCCAGUUCCUGACGACGGGCAUGCGCCGCGCCGUGUCCAACCUGACCUCGCCGUGGGAGUACUUCGACCUGCCUGUGCCCGACGAGCCGGCGAUCCGCUCCCGCGAAGAUAGGGCCAAGUACGAGGCCGACGCCGAGCGCAACAAGGAGCGUCCCCGCCGCUCCUCGGGCGUCUUCACCAAGACGUUCGAGCAGGCCGUCCAGGACCUGAAGAGCAUGAAGAUGUAA